GUAAAUCGGAGCUGUGGGUCGCAGUCGUUAAAAAAUCGUGUUCACUUAAAUAUCUACGGUUUUCUUUCGAGAUUUGGGGUUUUUCAUUAAAAUUAUCGAAGAAGAAAGGAUGAGUUUGUCCUUUGUAUUUCUGGUCGUAGUUGGUUUGGUUGGAAUUGCCUCAGGUUCCGAUGUCAUUAAAGUUAACUCGGUAGAAUUUGGGGAACUAGAAUUCAUCCCACUCGGAAACUUUUCCACGACUGGGUCAAAUGGAAGGAUCGAAGAGAUUUAUUGGUUCACCACGAGCAGAGAGUUGGUUGCCGACAAUGCCAACAAAAUCUGUGAAAGUUUGGGUACUGGAGCAAAAGCGGCUGCACUACUUACUCCGGAGAUCAACGUGGCUGCCAAAAGUUUCCUGGAUUCGCAAGACAUACCCAACGCUUGGACCAGUGGACAAGAUUUUGUCACGAAUGGGGCCUUCUUUUGGCGAACGCAAACCAGAAAUAUUCCCUUUACUUAUGAGGAUUUCGAAAAAGUUGCACCAUUUCCCAAUCCCAACUGCCAAUGUGUCUCCAUCGAGCGGAUCAAGUUACCCGGCUGUGAUCCCAACCUCUGCAAGGGAAACUAUAAAUGGUUCGAGAAACCAUGCUCCGAGAAGAAGCGGCUCCUUUGCCAACUUUAAGUGCUGGCAUCAAUUUGAAAAUUUCAAGAUACUUAUUAAAGACCUUAAAUUAGUGCAAACAAAUUACGACCACGUGUCUUAAAAAUUAUAUAGAUUAAAAAAAGUAUUUCUUUACCCAAAUUGAUGAUCAGAUUCAUAUUAAUAAUUCGUUAAAUUGUAGACAUGUUUUUUAGGAAAUAAAUACAUACUUAAUAAAAUUGUGAUAUGAUUGA